AUGCUGCGCUCCACAGUUCGAGCUCUCCUUCCCACCUCCAGGACCAACGCCAGCUCCCUGCAUUUGAAGGAGCUUGGUGAGGGGCAGGCGAAGGCAAAGCCAGGGGACGAAGCGGAGCGCCCGGCACCAAUCUCCGUGUGGCGAGAGGCGAUGCGGGGGAGACGGUACCUGCUGGAUAGGAGCGAGAGCUCCACGGGGAAGCAGAAGUCCACGGACUGGCUGUACGAGUCCUACUACUGCAUGAGCCAGCAGCACCCCCUCAUCGUGUUCCUGCUGCUCAUUGUGAUGGGUGCCUGCCUGGCGCUGCUCGCUGUCUUCUUUGCAUCCGGACUGGAUAUUGAAGACCACAUAGCUUUCGUAAUCACAGUUCCCACCGCACUGGCCAUUUUCCUGACCAUCUUCAUCCUGGUCUGCAUAGAGUCUGUGUUCAAGAAGCUACUGCGUGUGUUCUCCUUGGUGAUCUGGGCCUGCUUGGUUGCCAUGGGUUACCUCUUUAUGUUUUUCGGAGGCAUCAUCUGUCCCUGGGACCAGGUGUCCUUCUUCUUGUUCAUUAUCUUCGUGGUGUACACCAUGCUGCCCUUCUCCAUGCGGGACGCCAUCAUCGCCAGCGUACUCACCUCGUCUUCCCACACGGUGGUGCUCAGCGUGUGCCUCUAUGUCACAGCCCAGAACAUGGAGUCCUUGGUGUGGCAGAUUCUGGCCAAUAUCAUUAUCUUCAUCUGUGGGAACAUGGCCGGAGCUUAUCACAAACAUCUGAUGGAGCUGGCCCUCAAGCAGACGUACCAGGACACGUGCAACUGUAUCAAAUCCCCCAUCAAGCUUGAGUUUGAGAAGCGUCAGCAGGAACGGCUUUUGCUGUCCCUGCUUCCAGCGCACAUUGCAAGGGUGAUGAAAGCUGAAAUCAUACAAAGACUGCAGGGUCCUAAAUUUGGCCAGGUGGAGAAUACCAACAACUUCCACAAUCUUUACGUCCAACGGCACACUAACGUCAGUAUCCUGUACGCCGAUAUUGUUGGGUUCACACGUCUGGCCAGUGACUGUUCACCCGGAGAGCUGGUCUACAUGCUCAAUGAACUUUUCGGCAAAUUUGAUCAGAUUGCUAAGGAAAAUGAAUGCAUGAGGAUAAAAAUUCUUGGGGACUGUUAUUACUGCGUGUCAGGCCUACCUGAAUCAUUGCCAAACCAUGCGAAAAAUUGUGUGAAAAUGGGUCUGGAUAUGUGUGAAGCUAUAAAAAAGGUGAGGGAUGCCACAGGAGUCGACAUUAAUAUGCGGGUUGGAGUGCAUUCUGGGAAUGUUCUAUGUGGUGUCAUUGGUCUCCAGAAAUGGCAGUAUGAUGUUUGGUCACAUGACGUCACAUUAGCCAACCACAUGGAAGCUGGCGGAGUCCCUGGACGAGUCCAUAUUACAUCUGUUACCCUGGAGCACCUAAACGGGGCCUACAAAGUGGAGGAUGGUGAUGGGCAGGAGAGAGACCCCUAUCUGAAGGAACAUGGUAUCAUCACCUACCUUGUCAUAAAUCCAAAGGCAGAGAGGAGGAGUCCACAGCAUCACUACAGGCCCAGAAACACCCUGGAUGGGGCCAAGAUGAGGGCAUCCGUAAGGAUGACCCGCUACCUGGAGUCCUGGGGUGCCGCAAAGCCUUUCGCCCAUCUGCACCACCGUGACAGCAUGACCAACGAGAACGGCAAGAUCAACACCGCUGACGUGCCAGUGGGACAGUAUCACUUUCAGAGGCGUUCGGAACGAACAAAAUCGCAAAAGAAGAGGUUCGAGGAAGAGCUGAAUGAGAGGAUGAUUCGAACAAUUGAUGGCAUAAAUUCCCAAAAACAGUGGCUCAAAUCUGAAGACAUUCAGAGGGUAUCGUUGUUUUUCCACAAUAAGUCUCUAGAGAAGGAGUACAGAGCCACAACCCUGCCAGCUUUCAAGUAUUAUGUUACCUGUGCAUGCCUCAUAUUCUUCUGCAUCUUCAUCGUACAAAUUCUAGUGUUGCCAAAGACCACAGUCCUAGGUAUUUCUUUUGGAAUGGCAUUCCUGCUGCUCUCCAUGAUCUUGCUGAUCUGUUUCAUCAGCCAUCUCCUGCAAUGCAGCCAAACUGGCUCCACAUCCUGGCUCUGGAUCUUAAGAUCUUCUGGAAUCAUUGCCAACAAGCCCUGGCCUCGGAUCACUCUCACGAUGACAGCCACAGCCAUCAUAUUAGUAAUGGCCGUGUUCAACAUGUUCUUCUUAGACGACGGUAUGACCUCUUCAGUUCCAGUCCAUAAUACAUCGAAUGAGACUUUAUACUCUAAUGGACAACAUAGGCACAUAAUGGAGAAGAACAAUUUCUACCUUCCCUAUUUUAUCUACAGCUGUAUUCUGGGCCUGAUCUCCUGCUCGGUGUUCCUGAGGAUCCACUAUGAGAUUAAGAUGGUGAUCAUGCUAACGGCACUGGUGGUCUAUAACGUCAUCAUCCUCCAGACUCAUGCGCCGCUGCUGGACGAAUACAGCAAGUUCCUCUACAAAGCAGAGAUUCUAGAUCGCCCAGGAGUUUUGAAAGACUUGAAGACAAUGGGGUCCAUUUCACUUUUUAUAUUCUUCAUCACUCUCCUGGUUUUGGCACGACAGAAUGAAUAUUACUGUAGGUUAGACUUCCUGUGGAAGAACAAAUUCAAGAAGGAAUGCGAGGAGAUCGAGACCAUGGAGAACCUCAACCGGGUGCUCCUGGAGAACGUUCUGCCCGCCCACGUGGCAGAGCACUUCCUGGCCCGCAACUGGAAGAAUGAGGAUCUGUACCACCAGUCCUACGACCUGGUCUGCGUCAUGUUUGCCUCCAUUCCAGACUUCAAAGAGUUCUACACAGAAUCUGACGUGAAUAAAGAAGGCUUGGAAUGCCUCCGACUGCUCAACGAGAUUAUUGCCGAUUUUGAUGAGCUGCUCUCCAAGCCAAAAUUCAGUGGUGUGGAGAAGAUCAAAACCAUAGGAAGCACCUAUAUGGCCGCCACAGGACUGAAUGCAACACCUGGGCCAGAAUACAUACAGGAACACGACAGGCAAUAUAUGCAUAUUGGCACGAUGGUAGAGUUUGCGUUCGCUCUGAUGGGAAAGCUGGAUGUCAUUAAUAAACACUCCUUCAAUGAUUUCAAGCUUCGAGUGGGCAUCAAUCAUGGACCAGUGAUCGCUGGUGUGAUCGGAGCCCAGAAGCCCCAGUAUGACAUUUGGGGAAACACAGUGAAUGUGGCCAGCAGAAUGGACAGCACCGGAGUACUGGGCAAAAUACAGGUCACGGAGGAGACAAGUCGAAUCCUGCUGACCCUGGGGUACAUGUGCUCCUGCAGAGGGAUCAUCAACGUGAAGGGAAAAGGAGAGCUGAAGACCUACUUUGUCCAUACAGAGAUGACAAGGUCUCUGUCACAAGGGAAUGUAAUGCCUUGAAACACAGUUAAAAGAGAGACUGAAACAAGCCUGACUGAAGCCUGGGUACAGACAGCAACCAGAAACUAUAGGCAUCUGUACAUAUUUACACCUCAUCCUUAGAUGCACGAAUCUUGGAUGUAAUUUACUUGUGGUACCGUUUCUGCAGUAUCUCAUAGGCUGGGUUUUGUGUGGGGUACAGUACGUACAAGGUCACUGACAUUUUGUAAGAAAAAAGAAAAAACUAAACAAAAGUGUUUUGAUGUCUCAAUGUCUUUGUUUUGUAAAACAUGUUCAUUAAA